CCGCCCCUGGGGCCGCGCGGGCGCAUUGGCUGCACCGGGCGCGGGCGCUCGGUAGCACUUUGAACCGGGCGUCAAGCGGCUGGAACCGGAGUUGUGGUGUUCACCCGGGUCGGACCAGGUCACUGCUGCUCUGGCCAUGGCCGAGGCACGCACGUCUCGCUGGUACUUUGGGGGACUGGCUUCCUGCGGAGCCGCCUGCUGCACGCACCCGCUAGACCUGCUCAAGGUGCACCUCCAGACCCAACAGGAGGUGAAGCUUCGGAUGACUGGAAUGGCGCUGCGGGUGGUGCGGACUGACGGCUUCCUGGCGCUCUACAAUGGCCUGAGUGCUUCAUUGUGCAGGCAGAUGACCUACUCUCUGACCCGGUUUGCUAUCUACGAGACCAUGCGGGACUACAUGACCAAGGACAGCCAGGGGCCUCUCCCCUUCUACAGCAAGGUGUUGCUGGGCGGCAUCAGUGGUUUAACUGGAGGCUUCGUGGGAACCCCCGCAGAUCUGGUCAACGUCAGGAUGCAGAAUGACGUGAAACUGCCCCUGAGCCAGCGACGCAACUACUCUCAUGCCCUGGAUGGUCUGUACCGUGUGGCCCGUGAAGAAGGCCUGAAGAAGCUAUUCUCGGGAGCAACCAUGGCAUCCAGCCGUGGGGCCCUUGUCACUGUGGGCCAGCUGUCCUGCUAUGACCAGGCCAAGCAGCUGGUCCUCAACACUGGGUACCUGCGUGACAACAUUUUCACCCACUUUGUCUCCAGUUUCAUUGCUGGUGGAUGUGCCACAUUUCUGUGCCAGCCCCUGGAUGUGCUGAAGACUCGACUGAUGAACUCCAAGGGCGAGUAUCAGGGCGUUUUCCACUGUGCCAUGGAGACAGCAAAGCUUGGACCACAGGCCUUUUAUAAGGGUUUCUUCCCUGCGGGCAUCCGUCUCGUCCCCCACACUGUGCUCACGUUCCUGUUCCUGGAGCAGCUACGGAAGCAUUUUGGCAUCAAAACGUCAACCUGACAUCUUCAGGGCCACCUGGGCCAUGCUCGGUCGCUGUGCUGAGCUCAUGGAGAGUGGGAAGGGCGUGGGCUCUCCUCCUCCUUGGCCUGGGCCCAUGCUGUUCACCAGCAGGUUCCUGUUCUUCCCAGCCUUGGGCUGCUGGCUAUGCCUUCUGACCCUGCCUUGGCCUCACCGAAGUGGCACCUCUGCCCUCCUUGCUCCCAGGCUGUCCCCAUUGGGUCGCCCUGUCUUCCCACUCAAUGAUUCAUGCAGAAGAGGUGUGGCCCGGCUGGUGUCACUGUCUCCACCUCCCUGGCUGCUACCCUGCCCUGCCUGGCAAGCCCGAUGAAGCUGAGUACACUUCCUGCUCCCGCUGGCCAUGUGUACACAGAGCCGCUUCCGCGCAGGACUCGGGUAGCCUGGCAGGGUGCAACCUGUCGCAGCUUCCGCUUACCAAAUGACUAGAGCACGCAUGCACGCAGGCACUUUUGUCACAAGGGGGACCACCGUGCCGUGUUCUGGAAGAUAGUGCCUUCAGGAAAGGGAGCAGGUGGGCAGCGCAGAUCACCAGCAAAUGCCACGACUGUGGAGUCCAGAGAAAGUGCCUGGGGUUCCCACACGUACCUCCUGUGUGCAGCCUUGGCUGCUUUCAUGGUCAGUUUUGCUCUGAGCCCUCCUCAGCAGCUACUGCCACCAUCAGGAUCUGGCCGUGUCCCUCACACACCUGUGCCCUCCCUUGCCUGGCUUCCCCAGGGCCGGGGAACAUGCUGUCAGAGCUAGGACUAUGAUGGAUUUAUCAAACGUGCCCUCUCAGGACCUGGCUUCCAGUGUGGCAGGGGUCACCGUCUCUCGGGCUUAAAGCAGCCCGUUUUCCCUCAGAUGGGUUUGUGCAUCCACAUGAGGUUGGGCCCUGUGCCCACACAGUCCCCUCAACACCAUGCCCUCACCCAGGACAUAGCAAUGGGCCCAGGGGCACUGCCUGCACCUCUCUUCAGGAUCUAAUAAAGCCAGUGGCCUGGGAGGCUCCUGUCUCCCUGCACACUCCUCACCCA